AUGACGCUCGAUGCGAUUGUCAUCCCCGACGGAGCUUAUCGCGGGGAUCUCGGGACAACUGCCUCUAACGGCAGAAAUCUGGCUCGGCAAACAUGCCCUUCGAAGACAAAAUCAGAGAAGCUCCUCUGGCGCAUCCAGAACAUCAACCCUUUGUACGUUGUCAAUCCGGUCCAUAUCACCAUGAAAGCUCCUCUAUACAUAUGUCGCGCCUGCCGACAAAGGCCCUCCUUACGCAUAGCACGUCGAACAAUCAUCACCGCCGCCACCACCGCCACAACUCCAACUCCAACUCCCAAUCCCAAUCCCGCAACGAAGAAACAAAAACUCCCUCUCAGCGAUCUAACCCCGGAUCACAUCUCCUACUACUGGGACACGCAAGCCCCCAGCGCACCGCAAUUACACUACGCAGACAAGCUCUUCAGGCCCAACAAACACGCACCCAUAAAGCUAUGGUCAGCGUCCAAGUUCCGGACCACGCCUAUCUCCUCGACGGAGCCGGAAGUCGCAGUCCUCGGCCGAUCAAAUGUCGGGAAAAGUUCACUCCUUAAUGCGAUUAUGGGCAAGGAAAUGUGCUGGACGUCUUCGAGGCCGGGCAAAACGCGCGAAAUGAAUGCGUUUGGGAUUGGAGGGACGAAGGGCGGCGAGUCGAAGAUUGUCCUGCUUGAUAUGCCGGGGUAUGGAAAGGCGAGUCGGCCUGAAUGGGGGGUUGAGAUUAUGAAGUAUCUUCAAGGGAGGAAGCAACUCCGCCGCGCAUUCCUCCUGAUCGACAGCGAGCACGGAGUGAAGCGAACAGACCGCGACAUCCUCAACCUAUUCCGACAAUACGCGAUUCCGCAUCAGAUAAUCCUAUCAAAGGUCGAUAAAGUCCUCGUCGCGAAUACAGCCAAGCCCACAAGCGUCCCAUCAGCCCAGAAGUUGGCCGAGCUGAGGGCUAACCUGGAACGCCUAAGACCCGUCAUCCAACCUGUCGGCCGCAACGAAGGGCCCGGCGCUUUGGGAGAGAUAUUGACGUGCAGCUCGCAGGUACGGCUUGGUCCGGAACGGUUUCUAGGUGUUAGCGCUGUUCGCUGGGCGAUCUUGUCUGCUGCUGGAUUGGAUGGGACUGUGGAGGCGAGGGCUGAAAUCAUGGGCUCGACGGAGCCAGUUCGUGGCGUUUCUAAGCGUGCUCCUUGA